AUAUCAUGAGUAAUGUGUGCUGUACAGAGUUCCAGGGAUGGUGCAGAUCAUUCACUAAAACUGAGAUCUUCUUAUGUGUAUUGCAAGCUAUAUUUCUUACAGUCUUUAUUGUGUUCCUUACAUUUGUCAUACUACAUCUAGUUGUUUGUUCAAGAAGCAAACUCGCUAAUGACAGGAGAGAACCAAGUAACAUUACCUCUGCUCAAUCUGUUACUACUUAUGUUACUGUACCCAGUGAGAAGAAUGGCCAAACUCAGUCGUUUCAAACUGAAAGCACCAACCAUGAAGCAGUAAAUAAUAGCCACAUAAAUAUACUCCCUACAUUAGAUAAAGGAGUUAAAUGUACCUGGACACCAUCUUACAAAACUAAAGCUCUUACACACUAUUAUGUCAACCAUACUGAUAUAAUGAUGAGCACUAAACCUCAUGUUAAAGAAAUUCAUAACAAAUUCAUGAAUUCUGUUUCAAUGGAUUACAAGGAGGAAAUUGAACUUGAUUUUAAUAAAUUACUUGAAGUUGUAUCGGAUGGUAUUGAAGUAAAUGAUUCUCGUAAAGAUUUACUGCUAGCACUAGUAAAGAUAAGACCUCAGCGAGGGGUAACUUUUGGCUGUACGUUAACAAUAGUUAACGAGUUUUGGACUGUAACCGCAGCUAGCUGCAUAGAAGCCAUAGAGGAAGUUGACUCCUUAGAUUCUUUUGUGAUGAUGCAAGGAUUUAAAGAUCAGGAUCAAAAAAUACACCCUGUGGUGGAUGUCCUGAUUCAUCCACAAUACCAAGGUAUCAAUGCAACAUUUGACCUGGCCGUGCUAAAGUCUGAGACUAAACUCAUAAACAAUGUAACUUUGGCUGUGACAUUACCUACUUUUAUAGACUAUUUUAUGAUUUCUUUAGGAGAGCUGCUCACUAUUCUUGGAUAUGGAAGGUUCAGGAACAUAGACAAGGACACCCUCGCAAGAACCGUGCGCGAGGUGGCGGUCCACAGCUUGCCCCGCGCGCAGUGUCCGCGCGGGGCCGGCGCCGCGCCGCUGUGCGCCGGCGUGCUGCGCGCGCGCCGCUCGCCCUGCAACUACUGCUCGGGCACGCCGCUGCUCAGGCGGCGCGUGCUGCUCGGGCUGAUGAGCGACAACCAGCAGUGCGGCCUGGCGUGCGAGCCCGCGCUCUUCGUCAACGUGGCGCUCGCUGGAGACUGGCUCCAAUCUGUUAUCUCCAAUUAAAUUGUACUGUCCAUUAAACAA